AGUCACUGUGAUGUUCCAACUACAGUUUCGAAUGAUAGUACCUGGUAUUUGAACAAUGUGUUAUUUUUUAAUAUUUAAACACGUCUGUGUCUGAUACUUCCUCCAGACAGCCGGCAUUUACUUCACAGAUGGAAAGCUGGCUUUGUGACUAAUUUCCCAUCUACAUUCUUUAUUGUUCUGUGUGGCAGAAACCCGGACAAUAGGACAGGAACUGACACAUGGGUGAAUGUCACUUUGGGGGUGGGAGUUAUCAUUAUCCUCAAGAGGGCGCUAUUUAUAUUUUGACCCAUUCUAUGGGGGGUCCAUUAGCUUCAGGAGAAAGAAACCGCUCACUAGUUGGUACUGCUCAGGGUUUCCAAGAUGCGCAUCAGUAUUGUGUUGACAGUGGCAGACGGAAAGCCCUCAAGUAAAGUAUUGUUUAUUUUGGUACACAAUGGUAUUUGCUAUGAAGCUUAUGUGUUCUUAGAAUCGCAUUUGUGAGCUCUUAUAGACUGGGAUAGUACUACUACUACUACUACUACUACAACAUCAUCAUAAGACAACACAGUAGUCUUGACAAGGAUCGCAUUACCCACAGUGCUUUUUAGCACAGGGUCAGAGCAGAGGUCAAUGCAAGUGGUACACUUUGACUCACACAUGCUUUCUUGAAAGUAACACUCAGGUUGUUGCAGCUGCAUCCCCCCUAACAUGCCAGAUAGUAUGUGCCACAUUGCACAUAAAUGUGUUCCUCAUUGUUUGCAACAAUUUUAAAUGAGUCCCACGGGUCCUGCAACUGUGUAUUGGAAGUGUGCUACCCACAAUCCUGCCUUGAUGCUAGAAUUAGGCCUCCUGGAAACAUGUUUUGUGUGUCUGUAGUCACGCAUAGUGUGGACAGAGUGGGCUUAACUAGCUAGGUGUGGGUCAUGUCCAUGAUGGAGGAGGCUUUCAACGUUGAAAAACAUCUGACCGCCUUUUCUCUCAAGCUUUGAGCAAUCAAGAGAAGGACAUGCUAGAUUUUUCUCAUCUUUGGUGCUCAUAAACGGGCUCUACGGACACGUGUUACUGUUAGAACAUCAUGCAAAAGUUUGCAUGAUAGGGAAUAGUCAAUGUUUUACCAAUGUUUUACUUAUUAGUGCAUGCACAACUGGUCGGCAGAGAGAGUUUCACAUGAGAAUUGCCAGUGGUAAAUCCAUUAUACUCAUACUUUUUUUGACUACUCUUUGUCUCUUUCUCAUUUGCCCUCCCUUCUAGUUAAUGGGGUUGUGCGGCUUGGCAAGAUUGCUCCUUUUAGGAUGUGUGUGUGUGUGUGUGUGUGUGUGUGUGUGUCUGAAUAUGAGGGUGUGUGACGCAUGCAGACAGCACGCACAGACUGGUCUUGUUAGCUGCCCUCACAUUCUCUCUUAUAGAGCCCGUUUGUUCCACUUUCAUAAUGAGGAGAUAGAGAGUUUUGAAGCGGUGCCACUGAUACACCGAAGGCAAUACUUGACCACACACACACACACACAUUGAUGUGACAUGCAUCAACACUGCAGUGCUAAUACACCUGUGAUGCUUGAAUCUGCAACUAUUAAUAUGGCUUCAAUCAGUAUGUGUUUGUAUUACGCAUUCUGUGUUCUGAGUCAUUCGGUUUUCUCCAUUCAUGUUCAGGAUUCUAUGCUAGAGUUCUAGGUAAGUCACCAUAAUUAUGCCCCCUCCUCUCACUGAUCCCCCGGUGCCUCCAUCCUCCCCCUCCCGGUCUCUUCUAUGGAAAGAGCUGGCUUCAGCAGUCUGCCUGAAACGCGCAACGCAUACCCACACAUGCACCAGUGCUCCUGUCCACAGGCUUUUUUUUUGUUGUUGUUGUUGUUGGUUUUUUUUGUGAGAGUGUGUGACGUGAGCUCCUGGCUGCAGAACAGCAGCGAAGACCCGCACCUUCCUGUGUGCCGCUAGGCAGCGGCGUCAUUCUGCCGCAUGCUGCCUGCCGACACCAUUACGCAGAGGAAUUCCCUGCUGUCUCCUAUACUUGUGUUUACAGCGGGAUAGAGCGAGGAGGAAAGGAGGCGUGCUGCAGAGCUCGGUAGGACAGCGCUGAGCUGGGAUUGUACAUGGAGAUGGGCACUGGUUGUUUCCAAGGAAGUGGCUGUGUUUAUGGGGUUUGUGGGUGACCUCUGUGCUCCUGAUUGGGCACAUAUGUAGGCGGGGAACAGUGUCUUUCUGUGAGCCAGGCACCGCUUUGUUUGUGUUUGCUGCUUCCUGAUGCGGUCAGAGAGGGCCAGUCGUGUUUGUAUCGUGGUGCUGGAGGAGGUGGAGGAGGAUGAGCCCUCCUUUGCACCCCCGCCGGCUCGGCCCAAAUCGACCCCAGACCGUAGAUCCCAUCAUGUCCCUAGAAGGGCUGCUGCUCUGGAGGACAAGCCAUCCUUGCUGCGAGCCAUCUUCAACGUGGAUCCAGAUGAAGUCCGGUCCCUCAUAUUCAAGAAAGAGGAUGUAAAUAUUCAAGAUAAUGAAAAGCGAACGCCUCUACAUGCUGCAUCCUACCUGGGAGACAGCGAGAUCAUUGAACUUCUCAUUCUCUCAGGAGCCAGAGUUAAUGCCAAAGAUAGCAAGUGGUUGACUCCUCUUCACCGUGCUGUGGCCUCGUGCAGUGAGGAUGCAGUCGCGGUGCUGCUGAAGCACAGUGCCGACGUCAACGCCAGGGACAAGAACUGGCAGACGCCACUCCACGUAGCGGCGAGCAACAAGGCGGUACGCUGCGCCGAAGCCUUAGUUCCGCUGCUCAGCAAUGUCAACGUGUCUGACCGGGCAGGACGCACUGCUCUGCACCACGCUGCCUUCAGUGGACACACAGAGAUGGUGAAGUUGCUGCUCUCCAGAGGAGCUAAUAUUAAUGCAUUUGAUAAGAAGGACAGGAGGGCCAUUCACUGGGCAGCCUUCAUGGGGCAUUUGGAGGUAGUUAAAUUGUUGGUGAGCAGUGGAGCAGAGGUGGACUGUAAGGACAAGAAGGCCUAUACACCUCUCCAUGCGGCUGCCUCCAGUGGGAUGAGUAGCACCGUACACUACCUGCUAGGCCUGGGGGUCCAGGUGAAUGAGGUGAACGCCUACGGAAACACAGCGCUCCAUUUGGCGUGUUACAAUGGACAGGACGUGGUGGUCAGUGAACUCAUCAAGGCGGGCGCCUGCGUCAACCAGGUGAAUGAGCGGGGGUUUUCUGCACUCCACUUUGCCUCAUCAUCACGCCAGGGGGAGCUGUGCCAAAAGCUACUGUUGGCCCAUGGAGCACACAUCAACAUGCGGAGUAAGGAUGGGAAGACUCCCCUCCAUAUGGCAGCUACUCAUGGCAGGUUCUCAUGUUCUCAGGCCCUCAUUCAGAACGGAGCUGAGAUUGAUUGUAUGGACAAGGACAGAAACACUGCCCUUCACAUCGCUGCACGCUAUGGCCACGAGCUCAUCAUCACAGCGCUUGUCAAACACAGAGCCAGCAUAGCCAAGAGAGGAAUUCAUGGGAUGUUCCCACUGCACUUGGCAGCUCUCACCGGCUUCCCUGAUUGCUGCAGGAAGCUGCUGUCCUCAGGAUUUGACAUCGACACUCCCGAUGAUUACGGAAGGACUUGUUUGCAUGCAGCUGCGGCUGGAGGGAACCUGGAGUGCCUGAAUCUGCUGCUAAAUUUAGGAGCAGACUUUAACAGUAAAGACAGCCUUGGAAGGAGUCCUCUUCAUUAUGCAUCAGCCAACUGUAAUUAUGACUGUGUGUUUGCCUUGGUGGGCUCCGGGGCAAGUGUCAAUGAGCUGGAUCAAAGAGGCUGCGGCCCCCUGCACUACGCUUCUGCAGCUGACACAGAUGGAAAAUGUGUGGAGUACCUUUUGAGGAAUAAUGCUGAGCCCGGAGUGAGAGACCAGGACGGGUACAGUGCUGUUCACUAUGCCUCAGCCUACGGCCGCACGCUUUCUCUGGAGCUGAUGGCAAGUGAAACCCCUCUUGACGUGCUAAUGGAGACAUCAGGGACAGACUUCCCCAGUGACUCUGAGCACCACGGAAUGAUCAGCCCGCUUCACUUGGCUGCUUACCACGGACACUGUGGAGCUUUAGAAGUCCUCUUGUCCUCCAUGCCGGAUGUAGACGUCUGUAGCCCGCAAGGCUGCACCCCUCUCAGCCUGGCCAGCUCCAGAGGUCACCAGGAGUGUGUCUCCAUGCUGCUACACCGUGGCGCCUCACCCAUGACCUGUGACUACACACACAGAAAAACAGCGCUACAUUCUGCAGCUACAAAUGGCCACUCAGGGUGCCUGCGUCUCCUCAUGAGCAACAACAACCAACACAUCAAUGUGGACGCACAAGAUGUCCACAAGCAAACCGCGCUGAUGUUGGCUGUGCUGAACGGACACACUGAGUGUGUGUAUUUGCUGCUAAGUCAUGGAGCCAGCGUCCAAGCUCAGGACCGCUGGGGCAGGACGGCCCUUCACCGAGGGGCGGUGACAGGUCAGGAGGAGUGUGUGGAGACUCUCCUUCAACGUGGCGCCAGUGCAUGUGUGAAGGACAUUCGGGGUCUCUCCCCUAUUCACUUGGCAUCCGCUUGUGGACGAGUGGGCAUCCUCGGCGCUAUGCUGCAGGCUGACGGGACCUCUAACGGCCUUUCGCAGCUCACUGACAACAAAGGCUACACGCCGCUGCACUGGGCCUGCUACAGCGGGUGUGAUGCUUGUGUGGAGUUGUUGUUAGAGAGGGAAGUCUUCAGGAAGAUAAAAGGCAACUCAUUCAGCCCAUUGCACUGCGCCGUCAUGAACGAUAACGAAGGAGUGGCUGAGAUGUUGAUAGAUUCCCUCGGUGCAAACAUUGUCAACGCCAUUGACUCCAAGGGCAGGUCCCCGCUUCACGCUGCCGCUUUCUCAGACCGUGUUGAAUGCAUUUCCCUGCUGCUGAGCCACGGUGCCCAUGCCAAUGUUGUGGACGGGCACACGUGCAGAACACCGCUGAUGAUGGCAGCUCUAAACGGACAAACCAACGCCGUGGAGGUGCUGGUGAGCAGCACCAAAGCUGACUUUGGUCUGCAGGACGCUGACAGGAACACUGCCUUGCAUUUGGCUUGUAGCAAGGGUCAUGAGACAUGUGCCUUGUUGAUCCUGGAGAAGAUGAGCGAUAAAAACCUCAUCAACUGCACCAACGCUGCCCUGCGCACGCCGCUUCAUGUCGCAGCCAGGAAUGGUUUAACGGUGGUCGUCCAGGAACUUCUUGGAAAAGGAGCAAGCGUACAAGCAGUGGAUGAAAACGGUUACACACCAGCUCUGGCCUGCGCCCCCACCCGUGACGUGGCUGACUGCCUGGCACUCAUCCUCAACUCCAUGAUGCCCACCUCGCCUAUGGUCACCAUAGCAGAUUUGCCUGCGUUCUCUCUCCCUCAGACGAUCAAGCACCACUCCGUCUCCAAUCACAUCACAAAGGGCGUGGCUUUCCACACGCUGCCUCCUCUGAGGCCGGACCGCGCUUCGUACUGCAGGCUGGAGCACCCCUUGUCCUCGCUCCCUGCGGACGAAGAACUGAAUGACUCUGAUUCAGAGACCUACUGAACUCUGCCCCCCCAUCGUGUGUUGAAAGCCUUAAGAUCACAGAGAAAACAAGAUGGGUAAAGUGUAUGAUGUAACGCCCCCUGCCCCGCCAAAAAAAAAUUACACUACAUCACUCCCUGGUAGAAGGCCAAUGUUUUUAUUUGCUUUAUAUUUAAACUCCUGGAGGUUCUUGGAAUCAUCUCACUAAUUUUCUUCACAUUUAGUGACAGGAAGCUCAGAGGACUAAGGAACAAAAUGUAUCAUUCUACAUGGGACCACGUGGAUGAAGGGUCUUUAUGGCUGUUAUCAAACAGCGAUCAUGGUCAACCACUUUGCAGUUUGAGGAUGUACUUUACAUUUUACAGAGGGACGUUGCAGCAGUUGCAGCCACACCUUGAUGUUUAUGUACUGAAGUGUGUGUGUGUGUGUGUGUGUGUCAGUGAGAGAGAGAGAGAGCAAUGUACAGUAUGUGUGUGGAAAUUAAUAAAUAUUGCCUUUUUGGAAAUUAGCACUUCUCCUGCACAAUGAACUCAAACUUGUUACAUGAUUUCAAGUUGGUAUUACUAAUCUUACAUCUUGUUUUCUCCUGCCAGCAUCACAGUGCAUCAUUGGUUGUCCAGGUGAUAGACACGUCCAUACAAGCAUGCAGUGACAAGACCCCCUGCCACGUUUGAAUGUGUCAUGGUCACCUUCCCAUCUCCCGUCUUCACCACGUGUUCAGGCUGUUCCAGGAUGUAACCACUCACCAGAACAGAUGGGUAUACAUAUUUGGUCCCAAACCGUCCUUCCAGCGUAAAGGUGAGUUUAGUCGCUGCCUCUUCUACUUCCUGCCCACAGGAGCUGGCCUCCAAACCUGCACAGCGGACCACUGCACACACCUGCAAACAGGAGGAGAGCGCAUCACCAUUAGUAGGUUGUGCAUGGCCGAUAACAUUUUUUGAAAUGUACAUAGUUGUACAUACGCAUACGUACAUAUAUACACUAAGGGUGUGGGGAAAAUAAUCAAUAUUAAUUGAUGCAUUGAUGCGCAUGUGUGAGUGCAUCGGCUCAUUCACUGGGUAUGGACGCAAUUGACGCGUGAAAUCUAGAUUUAACUCGAUGCAUUUGUGGGUAUCGGUAAAAUCCGAUGCAAGCGCUGUUUUAUUAAUGUUAAAUAUUAAUGCCCAUAUGCUGUUCCCCAGGUACUUUGAAUGCACCCUCAUUUGUGUCUUAUAUUGAACAGGGAUGUAACAGCAGAGCGCAGUCGGCUUCCUCCUGAAUUUUGAAACAAUUUUUAAAGUGUAUAAAGUUGUUUUACACUUUCUGCUCCUCACUACUGUAUUAGCCUACCUCCUAGUGAUAAGCAUAUAAGCAGUAUGUUUUGCAGACAAGAAUAUAAGCAAACAUUGAUUGCACUGUUGAAAGUGUCACUUUAACUUUUUGUUGCUGCGUACACUUUUUUUUUACAGCAGUAAUUAUGGUUAAUUGUUUUACUCCACUGAACCACUGCUAUUGUAAUUGCAUAGCCGAUGGGAAAGUGUGAGGAAAAUAGUUUUUAAAAACUUGUUGCUGUUUUACGAUGGCAAAAAGAAUUAGCAAGAAGUGGUGCAUAGUAAAAAAAAGAAAAACAAGAUUUUAGUUGAAUUUACUGCCAAAUGCCGAGACGGAAUAAAGCCAAAUACUUUUUGUUGUACCACAAUGACUAUUUUUUUUUCUUUGCUUAUUUGCAUCAUGUUGAAUUGCAUCAUAUUGUAUCAGAUUGCAUUGAUUUGAACUAAAUGAUUAUCGCAUCUUAUCACAUCGUGAAGAGGGUGAAUCGCAUCGUAUCGCCAGAAAAUUCCAUGUAUCGUUAAAGUAUCAUAUCGCUGGCA